UUGACAGGGUCAGCUCUCUGUCAAGGUGAAGUGAAGGGAUAGCCCCAAACUCCAUUAUCUGUAUGACUGAGUUCGAUGUGACACUAGCGUUAUAGUAAUAGAAGAAGUCGAAUGUAGAAGACGUUAUGACACUUGAGGAUAUUAGCAAAGUAUUGCCGCUGGUGGCGUUCCUGGUCCUGCAAGGAAUCCAAGAGGCUUUAGCUGAAGACUGUGGGAAUGGAAUCCACUGUUUCUCGCCCUACACUUGCUGUUCCAAUGUCAAGUCCUGCUGCUACGACCGCGAUGCCCAGGACAAUUUCCGCAGGUCAUACAAACUCCAUAUCUGGAACAUGUGGUAUUUCUGGUUUGUCAUCAUCUUCAUCAUGAUGUCCUGUUUUGGUGGGUGCGGCUACUACCGCCGUCGUCGCAUGGCAACACUUCACCAGCAGCGCCAGCGAGCACCGAUUACCACAAGACGGACCAAUCACAUACGCAGCAGCAGCGGCAAUAGAACCUCUCAGUCAUACUUGGCCUAUGUCGGCCCAGCUGCAUCCGAACCACCAGAGAUCUCGUUUCUACCUCCGCCCUACUCAGAGGUGUCCUCGCAUCCAGGCAUGUAUCCUGAAACCAAAGCUGACCUUCCACCUCAAUAUUCAGUCAUAGCUGCCAACUAUGCAGGUAGCCCCACACCACCGAUGGCCUUAAAUGCUCAGGAUCUCGCAGCCGGCACCAACAAUAUGCCCAAGCCUCCCCCAUACAGUGAAGUGGCUGAACCAGUCAGUAAUUCAGCCCCACCAUUGGCUGAAGCCAGUGCUGCUCCAACCAAUCAGAACACACAGCAAACACCCUGUGAAGACUCUUCAGCCAAUCAGUGUUCGACCCAGUCCCCUUCAGCCAAUGACAGCACAGUCAACUGAAACCUGGAUAUCAACCAUUACACGUUUCUUCUGCUGGCUGCUCUCGUGAUUGACUUUCAGUUGAUAUGAUUCAUAAUUUGGAUGUAUAUUGGAUGAUGUGAUAUUUCCAGUGAUAUUGCCAAAAUCCUCAGUUCAGGAAGAAGAUCUGAUAGAAGGAAGUACUAUUUACCUUAAAGCUAUUUUUGCUUCAUAGAUAAUCACCAGUCUGAUAUUGUCCUAAUGGUGCACUGAAUUCCUAGCCAUGUCAUGGUGAGGAAUAUAUCUGUGGAUUGUUUAAAAUCCAUGGAUUUGCAGAAUUCUGUCUGUUUAAACCUAUGACAUGACCUAAAUUGCAUUUGCAUGGUCACAGAUCACACAAGAUAAAGCCAAUCUCAGGGCGAUACUAUUUUUCAAUUGCUUUGCGAGACCUGUCAUUGCGAAUGACAAACACCAAAAAUGUCUUGAAAGUACUUAGUUGAAUGCUACCAAAUGCUUACAUAUAUUUUAACACCAGAAAAAUCUAAAUAGAAUAACUGCAAUAGGCCAGUGUUUUCAACAAAAUAUUUUUUAUUCAGAUUCUUUCUUUAUCGAGAUGUAUUUCCAUACAAGCUCCUAACAGUGAUGUUUGGUUUGCAGAGCUCACUGCCACCUGUCACAACUCCUUACAGUGCUAGGCUGCCCGCAAUCAUGCAUGGAGCUUGAUUCACACCUGACUCAAUGUUAUGUCCACUAUGAUGAGAACUUUGUACCCACUUUGUUUGGCAACUUUUGUUGGGUUUAUGGGAUCCAUUCUGGUGAAGAUCAGGGUUAGAAUUGGUCUUCAGCAACCCUGCUUGUCGUAAGAGGCGACUAACAAGAUCAGGUGGUCAGGCUUGCUGACUUGGUUGACACAUGUCAUCGUAUCCCAAUGCGUAGAUCGAUGCUCAUGCUGUUGAAAAUGUAAGGGAGAAAUAUAAUGCUUUUUCUAUAGGUGAUAAUCUUUAAGCAUUCUUGGGGAACAAAUGUCUGUGUGGAAUAUUAUUGGUUUUUCACAAUUCACUGAUAUUCCCAUGGACACACAUGAAUAUCUGGAAUGUCAGGUGGCAGUAAUGUAAGCUGAAGAGAAAUCAAUCAUCUGUGUCAGAAAAGCAUUUCUUUGUAAUUCAACUAAAGGGAGAUAAUUGAGAUCAGAGUUACCUGCCCUUUGUUAAUCUUGCUUUUUCCGCCAGUGAAUCACCUGUUUGGGAAUGCAUUUGGUUAUCACAUCCAGAUUAGAAGUUCACUCUUCUAUGGGAUCAUAAUGUAAUUUUUUUUUUGUAUGCAUAAUUUGACUGGAAAUACAGUUCCAAUUAUUUAUGCGUCAACAUUUCCUUAAAACCUGAAAUCCAUUCUCUAUGAUUGUAAAUAUAACAAUUGCUUCAUAUGCAUUUAUCAUGAAGUUUAUCCUUAUAAUUUGAUUGAUUGUGUGAUUUAACAAUUACACGUUAUUGAUGUACACAAUGUAUGUUCAGUCUUUUAAACUAAUUUAAGUCCUGACUCGUGGAACUAUAACCUUCAUAUAGCUAUAAUAUUGAGUUCAGGAAACAAUGAACAUUAAACAUAAAUAAUUUGUCGAAAGCCAAUUAAUCUUUAGACUCAUAAUCCCUACUUUUAACCAGAUAUUGUGCAGUUUAUCAAUUCUGUGUUUAUAAAGAACACUUGUUAAAUGUUUGGAUUGUAGCUUCUGCUGAAUUUCUCUUCUUUUUAUCUUGGUAUUAGUGGUGAUUGUACAAAAUCACCAAAUGUUUCUUUGGCAUAGAGUUGCGGUUAAGGCAUUCACUCGUCACACCAAAGACCCGGGUUCGAUUCCCCACAUGGGUACAGUUUGUGAAACCCACUUCUGGUGUCCACCCACGUGAUAUUGCUGGAAUAUUGCUAAAAGAGGCGUAAAACUAAACUCACUCACUCGCUCACUCUUUCAUCAUGUCUGAUAAUGAUAUAUAUCAAAUUGUUUACGCAUGAUAAUUAUGAGAGGUGGCUCAGCAUUGUUAUUGGAAACUAUUUACCUACAAACUGAUCAUUAUUGCCUUUACGGAUUAUAAUCUCCUGUGUGUUGAAAGUCAGUAUUUGUACCAUGUGUAGCCCUAAGUCACAGUUAUUCUUUUUACUACUUCUGAGCUUCUUUGACAUCGUUCACAUCUGGGAACUGAAUCACUUCAGGUUUUCAAACCGACGUGCAAUCAUGUAACGCCCUCAGUCACUGUUGCUUAUGUGGCCCAGUGUUCACAGCAUCCCUUGAGUUGUGUCCCUUGGCUGUAUCUGGGUUUGAAUCCCAUUCCCGCCAGUUAUGUUUCUAGGAUUGUUUGCCCGAUAAAUCUGUACAUUGUAAAUAUGUGAUAAACAUCAGGGUGCCAUUCAACUAACCAAUCUUAGCUCUACGCCAAUUGUAAACCCCUAAAAUCCCACUCUUAGCGUGACGUUAUGAGCGGCAUACCGUUCCACUAACCGAUCUUACCCAAGUCAAUCAUAAAGUUAAGAUCCAAAGUCUAAGUUACUCAUGACCAACUUAGGAUCGCUAAAAUCAAUCGUAGGGAAACCAAACUGGGGCUUUCAUUGUUCUAUGUGAAGAAGAGCGAGCAUUACACUGUGAGCGUGUUUUUGAGACCGCUCUCAGAUUCUACUCAGAUCAGAUGAUGUGUUUGUGGCGAGGUACAGGAUGCCUCGUCACACCUUGUUUAUGCUGAUCGACAUUGUUCAGCCACAUAUUAUGCUAGAUACUCAAAGCUUGGUUCCAAAACUACUUCCAUCGUCUGCUUUACUUUGCAAAGGGAGAUAACUCGGGCCUCACAUUUUUCUAUCUCUCGCACAAAAGAGUCUCAAUCAAUAGGUUAGUGGAACGUAACUUUUAGCUAAGACGAUUGUAAAAUUGGCGUAACUUGUAAAGAAUGACCUUAGAAAAGAUCGGUUUGUGGAAUGGCACCCCGUUCACUCACUCACUCACUCCUAUACUUUAGAUUUCUUAAGUUCUUUGAGUGGCAUUUUAGAAGUUGGGAAGUACAAUAUAGACAAACUCUAUGGUUAACAACUUCUUUUGGGAGUCAAUGUAUUAAAUUAAAUAAUUGAUUUAAGUUGAUAAGACAUUGUAGUGUUUUACAUCGGUAGAUAUAAAUAAUAAUAAUACUGAUAAUAAACAGGUUCAAAAUAUUGCACCUGCAGCUGAUCUCACUUAACUGACAUAUCCCAGUUGUAACCCCAUCCCAUCUUACAACAAACUUGUUUGUGUUUGUGUACAUGAUUCCUUUUAACUAGACAUGUAUUUUAACUAAUAAAUUAAUGUUUAGAUUUUCAUCCCAGUUACUAAAUACUGCACCUCAUUUCAAUUUUUAGGACUCCAAAAAUAAUUACAAAAAAUCUAUGAUCACUUGUUUCUUUUUCAUCCUUUUUUGACACUGGAUACACCAUAUACUUGUCCAUAUUUGGGAAAAGCAGUCAUCAACAUUUAAUGCCUUAGAGUUUGUUUUAUUAAAAUCAAAUGGUUGUCAUUUUUAAAAAAUUGGAUGAAAAUUUAAUCAUUGGCUUAUUUGGGCCUAAAGACUGUUCCAUCUUUGAGGACAGUUGUCAUUCGGGUUUUUUGUCUUGAUGUACCCUAGCUAUUGUGCCAGAAGUCGGAUUCUCUUUGGCCUUCAAGAGUACUGCGUGUUAAACAGAGGUCUUGCAUUUUUCAGUUGAGACUUGUCUUUGUGUGUACGUGUACUUACUUAAUUUAGCUAUAGAUCCUACAGUAUCCUUAGCUAUGUAAUAAUUGAUAUACCCUUAUAUGCUUCUUGUGAUGGUUGUGAGUUUAAUUUUAUGUGCAAUAUUUUUAAUACUGUAGUUAGCAAAUCUGAAGUCACAAAAUGAAGUAGCUUUAAACAAGAGGAGAUCCUUAAAAGGUGAUAAAAUAUUUUAGAUUGUAACAUAUCUCUAAUACACAGAUUCAGAGCACCCAGUUUCAAAGAUCCUAAUUAUGUCGAUCUAUUAAAUGUAUGACAAUUAUUGGAGACAUUUUUUUUCCAACCAAAAUGAAAAUUAUUUUUCUAAUUUGUUUAAAGCUUUUGACUAUGUCCCUUGAAUUUUUAUAUUCAAUUCAAUUACCCUUCACUCUUCCUGAUUUAAAAAAAGAUCUGUGCACCCCCUUUUUCGAAAGAAUGAAGAUAUGCACCAUGUGUUUUUCCCAUAUAACUAAUCACCCCACCCCUCUCUACCGAACCCCUAUACAAAGUUAAAAAAAAUUAGUGGUAUGGAUAACAGUCAUUGUGUAUAGCUUGUCCAUUUGUGAUACCAUAACAUUUAGCCAGUGCUUAGUAACAAAAGGAUUGACCAAUCAGAUUAAUGACACUGAAAUCUGUUUGUCCAAUCAAAAUUGAUCUUUGUUGAAUGGUAAGCAGUCAGAUGCAUUAGUUACCAUGGCAACUAACUUCAACCCUGUUAACAACACGUAAUCUUAUAAGCAGUUCCAUAUUCUGACAUCUAAAGGGUUUCUUUGUAAAGAUUUUGUACAUUUUUUCCACAGUUAUUCAGACAACCAAAAUCUAUAAACUUAAUGUGCAAUAUAUUGUCAGUUUGCACUGUCCAGUUUUAGAGAGAGGAUUUACUAUUCACAUCGCUUGUGUGCUACAUUUUCACCAUUGUGCUUGAAAAAUAUUUUUAGAAGAAUAUUCGUUUUUAACCAGUUAUGUCCUUAGUGGCAAUUGUAUCCAAAGUAAAUGGCUAUAAUAUAUUCACUUGUACCACUAACAAAGUUUGUUUAGGUUUAAUGGUGUUGAUCUUACCCUUUGAUUGUGGUAUUGACAAUAUAUUUCCUGUCUGUUUUUACCAAUUCUCUUGUAUUUAGAUGAAGUAUAUGGAAUUAUAUCAUUUUAAUAUUCAUAUCUCACAAAACACUAUAUAUAAUGGUACUUUCAUAUGCUAAAGUUUACCAAAUUAUGUAUUUUGUCUUGUAAAUGUGUACAUUUUGUCUUUCAGCAUUACGUACGUACCUGAUAUUCCUAUAACGCACCUAUUUGACAUUAACAUAAACAAUUCUAGACAAACAUAGCCCUUCUUGAUGAAGUGUUGAAGAACAACUGUUAUGUGGUGUUCUUCUGUGGGGUGCCCACUAAUCUAAGGGGAGACAAUUAGCUGUGCAGAGUUGUGUCACGGAAAGCCAUGAUUUAAAUCCUGGUUCACUGGGAUUAUAUGUAGGUUUGUUGGCGUUAUUAUGGCGUUAAAACUCUAAAAACUGGAUCAUGUUGAAGUCAGCAGUGGCAUGAUGGCCAAAUCAAGGUCUGGGUUACAACUGAUCUUCAGCAACCCAUGCUAGUUGUAAGAGGCGACUAACGGGAUCGGGUUGUCAGGCUCGCUGACUUGGUUGACACGUCAUUGCAACCCAAUUGCGUAGAUCGAUGCUCAUGCUGUUGAUCACUGCAUUGUCUGGUCCAGACAGAAUUAAUUACAGACCGCCACCAUAUAGCUGGAAUAUUGCCGUCGAAUGAACAAACCAACCAAACCAUUUCUGGCAUUAUAACCAGCUUCUCGUCAUAGCCAGUUUAUUUCUGUGUGGAAAUCAGACUUUAUAACCACGAGGCACUGUACUUUCAUUUUGUCAGUUUGUAAUGAUGUUGUUGCAGAAUUUCUGUCACAAUAUUCAGGACCCUUCUCCUGGAAGCUAAUAACAAUACAAAUUAAACAUUCUUUACUCUUACAACCAUUUGCAUAUGAGAAUAUGUUGGCCUUUCUAGAUAUUUACACAUAGUCAGCUCUGGGGCAAGCAUACGAUCCUGAAAGGGAGAUAACUCACUGGAUAUAAGUUACUUUCACUUCAUUUAAACAGUUUUUGUUAACAGAUUCAAACUUAAAAAGAAAAGUGGUAUUUAUAAUAUUUAGGUGAGAAUUCGAAUAGCUAGGAAAUCCAGGCCCAUAUUGAUUAUAUAUUUUCAAGGACUAUUUAAGAUGAAUUCUAUGAUUCAAAGAAUUUUCAAAUCUGUGCGAAUUCUGUUUAGUAAAUGGGUGCUCCUGUUAUGAAUGUGGACCAUUAAUGAAAACCACAUUUUCUUGAACUUUCUUGCUACACCGUCGUCGAUGAGAGAUGAGGUGGUUGUGCCCUGUGAGCAGUGCUGUCUUUCAACUAUGGUACCUGUUGAUUUUGUGACCCCCGUCUUUCUGCGGUUUAUUUUCGUGUUGUUCAUUUUCAUUGUCAGUUUUGAUGUUGUAUGUUGAUGUCCUGUUACUGAUUCCUGUUUUCUUCUGCAGUUUAGACACUUUGUUACCAUGAAUACAGAUAUUGGUCUGUAGAGCACCUUGUUUUUGACCGUUUCAAUUGUCUUCAUUCUUUAUUAUAUGGCAAUACUGAUGAUAUUAUGACGGAAAAUAGUCACAUGUUUUUCUUAUGUUUGUAAUCCUCAAUGUUAACAAUUAAUUACGGCCAAAAGUAAAACGUGUGUUUCUGGUUUCCACGACCCUCUCAACUCUGACGGGCGGUGGGGUAGCCUAGUGGCUAAAGCGUUCGCUCAUCAAGCUGAAGACUCAGGUUCAAUUCCCCACAUAGGUACAAUGUGCAAAGCCCAUUUCUGGUGUCUCCCGUCGUGACCAAUUCACUCACUCACUCAUCAUCCUGAAAUUGUUAAUUCAUUCAACUAGCAUAAAGUUUUUGUGCAUCUACCAAUCAACCAGCAAUUUGUUUUAAUUUUCAAAGACAAAAAGUGAAAACAUUAUUUGAAAAAUACUGAACAAACUAUCCUUUUUCCCCCAUUUUUUUAGGGGGAUGGUCUGAAAUCAGAAACACACAUAUUCAAUUUUUGGCCUUAGUGGAUCUAUUCAAUUCACCAUGUCUGCCUAGCCUUAAGAAAACCCACAGUAUGCUGACUUUUAUUAAAGAGACUUUUUUA